AACAUGGCGUCUGGAGUCCGCGGCAAUCUCAAGACUCCACUUUUCCCUUCCAACCACUUUCCCAAACUCUUCAACGCGCUUUACCCGACCCCUACACCUACAGAAACCUGCCGCUUUGUCUUCAGCGAUCGCCUGUUUAAUUCCAAUCGCCGUUUCUAUAUGCGUAAACGUUGAAUUUCUCAGGUAUAUUGGUGUGAUAAUUCAUCAAAAAUUUGCGAGACUUUCCUCGAUUGGAGGGAAAUCCACAAAUUGUGUUGUUGUGUUGGCGAUUAGAAAGUUGAUCUGAUAUAGCCGAAGAUGUUUUCUCGUCUUCUAGGAAAACCUAAACAGCAGCAGACUAGUGCUGUCGCCACACUCGAAAAAUUAAACGAGACUCUUGAAAUGCUCGAAAAGAAGGAAAAUGUGCUCCAGAAGAAGGCAUCAGCAGAGGUGGAGAAGGCGAAAACGUAUACAAAAGCAAAGAACAAGAGAGCUGCUAUACAAUGCUUAAAGAGGAAAAAACUCUACGAGGAACAGAUGGGUCAGCUUGCAAAUUUCCAACUUCGCAUCCACGACCAGAUGAUACUGUUAGAAGGUGCAAAAGCUACAACUGAAACUGUGGAUGCCCUAAGGGACGGAGCAGCCGCAAUGAAAGCAAUGCAGAAAGCCACGAAUAUCGACGAUGUCGACAAGACAAUGGGUGAAAUCAACGAACAAACCGAGAACAUGAAGCAAAUACAGGAGGCCCUCGCCACACCUAUCGGCGCAUCUGCUGACUUCGACGAGGAUGAGUUGGAGGCUGAGCUUGAAGAAUUGGAAGGCGCCGAAUUGGAGGAGGAGCUGCUGCAGCCGGCGACAACAGCCCCUGCGACGGCACCGGUUCCGGCCGGCAGAGUUCCGGCGAGGCCGGCGCCACAGAAACGUACAGAGGAGGACGAAGAACUGGCUGCUUUGCAAGCAGAAAUGGCUCUGUAGAAGACAUCGACGUCCUUAUGGCUGCAUUUUUAUAAUUACAUUCGGAGCUAUUGAUGAACACACGCUGACUGACUCUGGGUAGCUGUAUCAGUAUGUAUAUGUAUAUAUUUUUGUAUGUAAUGAAUAUGUAUCUGGCUUAAUAUAUGUAUUUGUUGGUCCU